AAAUGGGAGUGAAUUUUAGAUUAGUCAAGGAGUCUCCGGAUAUUGUAAUUUCGUCCCGUAUAUAAAUAGUAACAUUUCAUGGUUUCCUGCAGUUAUUAGCCUUCUUUGACGACAGGUGUUAUUAUGAAACCUUUUGCUGUUAUUCUUGCGUUUUGCUGUUUAGCACACGCUCGUCCCGGCUUCGAGCAUCACGGGGGCCACCACCUUGAAGGGGUCCCAAAUGAGUCGCAUUACGGAAAACUGCACUACCCCAAAUUCGACAUCAUCCACUUAGGCAGUGCCAUCAAAGACACUCUACCUCCUGCAGUAGUCGAAAUCACCAAAAAAGUUGUAAUCAAAGAACCCCACCCCUAUCCUGUCAAAGUACCAGUUCCAGUACCCCAUCCCAUCGAAGUCCCCAAGCCCUACCCCGUUGUACACACCAAACUCGUCAAAGUACCCCACCCAGUCCCUGUCGAAAUAAUCAAAAAGGUUCCUGUCGCUUUCGAAGUGCCCAAGCCUUUCCCAGUACCAGUCGAAGAGUUCAAAGGCCACCAGGGGGGCUCUGAGGGCUCCUUCGGAGGUUCAUUCGGUGGUCACGAACAGUUCGGACACCAGCAAUUGAACGAAGUCCACGAAGAAGGCCAAGAAGGUGGAGGCUUUGAGGGAGGCUUCCACGGCGGUGAUAACGCAGGGGGUUUUUCUGAACAAGACCAGUCUGGGGCUUAUGGUACUCAAGUCAACGCACAAGCCCAGCAAGUUGGGUGGGUACCCCUUCAAAUGGCUGGUGAACAGCAGGCGCAGGAACAACACCAGGGGUCGUAAUAAACCAAAAUUGUAGCUUUAUGUAUUGUUUUUGUUGUACUGUUUUAAAUAAAUUUGUUUUUAUAAA